UCCCUCUGGUGUGCGUCUCGUGUCAGUCGAGCGGAGUGUCGCGUCGCGUUAGUGUCGUGCGGUAGUGCCCGGUUUCGCGUGUCUCAUCGAGCAUCGACGAUGACGUCUUCCUCGUUCUGACUAUGAGCGACGCGCGCUCGUUGCGAAGAUCGUCUCCGGCCACGUUCUCCCUGUCGUUGUCACCGUCGUCGUCCUCUUCCCGCCGAUUUUCUCACGCCGGCCGAUCGGAGAAGCCGCGCGCGCUCAGGGCUGCCAACGAACCUUGCUUGUCGUUCGUUGUCGCCUUGUCGAGACCCCACGAAAUUGCCGCGCCGCGCCGGCCGGGUAUGCGUCUCGUUCCCGAAUUCGUGUGCCGGUUCCGUUCGCAAGUCCGUAUAUAAAAGGGGGAAACUUCAACGCGUGGAAUAGCCGACCGUGACCGUCGUCGCGAGUGACUGCACGCGGAUUCUCUGGAGAACGUCGGCUACUUUUUUUUUUUUCAUUUUGAACGAGCAGAGAUCAAAUCUUCGGCGACCCGCGAAAAAAGUGUCGAUUUCGAAGAUCAUCGGUGAAUAAAUCGCGCUGGAUUCUGCUCUUCGUCGCGUGUACCGUGUCGUUUUGUUUAGUGUGUAUACGUUAAUCAAGGACGAGUAACUCGAGCGCGGAGACUCGUCGAAAAUGUGUACCGAGUGAAUGCAACUGCGAGUGAGACAGUGUGAAUUUUUCAAACUCGCUCUAGGUGUAGAAAGCGAGCAACCGGUGCGCGGGUCAUUUCAUUUCGACGUUACAAAGUUUCCUGCUUUCAACGGAAACAGAGCCCUUCGGCUCGUCCGUCGUCACGAAGAUCUCACGUGAUCUAUAAUCGUCUUCCGUUGAAAAACUGCGGAUACGACAACCGGAUUUUCCCCAACUACCGGACUAGAUUUGUCCUUGUCUGGAUCUCUCGAGCUUCUUGGAAUGCUGGACGAGACUGCCGGUAUGUUUCAGUUGAUCACCUAGUGCGCGAAAAACGACUCUCGCGGUGUGAAAAUUAUAAUAGCGUAUUUUCGAUCAUUAAUUUCGCGAUUUCGGUGACACAUGAUUCGUCACGGUGAAGUGAAAUUAUUUGAAUCAAGUGCCGAAAUUCCCGAUUUACGCGGCAAAAAUUGUAUUAUCGAGUGAAAAGCACGAAGAAAAAAAAUAUAUAGAUACGUGCGUGCAUUAAAUAAAGAGCCGAAAUUAAAUCCGUCGAAAUUCGCUCCGAAUCUCGACGUUUUGAGCUUCGGUGCAUCGUCUUCGCGUUUUUCUCCGGGAAGUGCGGACGGGAGUACAAAAACUCGGCAAUAAGGAGAGAGAGAAAGCGAGAAAGUAGCAAUAUUCGAAGGUCUCGAAUAAUGGUUCGAAGAGCGGUAGAUGUCAAGCAGCAAACGUGACUCCUCCUCUCUCCCAGCUGUUCCAAAGUCGUCGGUCGCCGAGAGACGAGAGACGACCCUCGUUAGUACCGUGGCCGAUUGUGCAAGAGAGAAGAGAAUGUCACGUUGAAACGUGAGAACGGAUACGAUUUCUACACGCUGAUUCGACCGAAUCGAGCUUCGACGAUCCUCGAUGGACGACCUUGUGUCGUCUGGAAGACGACCUCGCGAGGUGAUGGUAGCCGCCAAAAAGUACAGCGGAUAAAGGAGACGCUCACGCAGGAUCGUCGCGCGAGGGAGGAAGAGAGGCCCUACCGCGGCGGAAAGGAAUAGAAGAGGAGCCAGAAACGCGCGGAUUUAAAGGAACGCACGCGAGACAAAGAUGACGAUGGCGAGUAACAUCGUGGUCGAGUGGCUGCGCUCGCUCCACCUCGGCCAAUACUCGGAGUCGUUCAUCGACAAUGGCUACGACGACCUUGAGAUCUGCAAGCAGAUCGGCGAUCCGGACCUCGACGCGAUCGGCGUCUUCAAUCAGAAGCACCGCGCCCGGUUGCUGCAGUCGGUGAAGACCCUCCGCGAGGAGGCCGCGAGUGUGUACUUUACGCUGGAGGAGACGAUCGACAGCAACUGCGACAACAUCAGCUCCAAGUCCUCGAGGACGUCGUCCGAGAGGCCACCCAGCGACAAGGACGCGCAACGCGCGUCGCCCACGGCGAGCUCCUCCAGCGGCGGACAGGAGUUGACCAAGUUCGCGGACGAGUACGAGGAAGGCAAGGCCGAACUGGUGAGAAUCCCCAGGAUGCAGCUCAGGAUGCUGCUGCAGGAGAAGCUGAGGCACGACGGCAUCAGGCUAGCCUGUCAACCGUACACAACUCCGGAGGGCGAGAGAGGGUAUUUGGAGGGCCUCGCUUCGAGGUACGCGGACCUCUUCAGAACACAUUACGGAGAUGUUUUGGAACCGCUCGAGGAGUUACGUCGGCGAGAAACAAACGCUUCCGCCAGAAUGCCCAACACUCAGCUCACCACCAGUCAUUCACAGCCCAUUUAUGUGCCGGGGAAAUACUCGCCCUCGAGCUGCCUCAGCGACAAGGAGGAGGAUGAAAUCUAUGGCUUCGGAUACGGGGUCUUCAGCAGACAGAUGCUCCAACAUCGACAGCAGAAGCUCGCACUUGCCACACAAAACACGACUGCCGCCGUAACACCGGGUGGACCUCAAGCAACCUAUCAAAGUUGUCUGAGCCCGAGAUCUGCGUACUUCUACGAGUUCCCUCCUAACGAACAGGGACAAAAUACGAGUAAGAAAAAGACGACGUUUUCAAGACUAUUACGAGGAUUGAAGACACACAGGAAAGAGAAACAGGGCCAGCAAGCUCAAGGCUCUCCCAGACACGGUCGGGCAAGAAUGGGCGUUCCUCAAAGGGUGGACACGCCUGACAGUGUUCUGCAAAGUGGUUUAGGACUCGGACCCGAUAUGGGACACACGAUUCUUCGUUCGAUGGUGGAUCCUAGAGAUUACGAUCGACUGAGAUAUUUACAGAUGAAUGGCGGACAACCAAACAGUUUCGAAGAAACCAUACAUAGGCUGAAAGUUCAAGAGGCGCUACGAAAGAAAGAGCGAUUCCACAAAGAGCACGAGGAGAUACUGAGGGAUAUCCGGCAAGGUUUAAUGCAGCUAGGACGAGACGGACGGGGUCAGCUCCCUGGGGACGAUACGUACAUGUACGACGAAGACGCGCGAUGUGGAGGCGCGGGUGGUUUAGGACCAGGUCAACACUGGUACGACGAACCGCCCUACGAAUCGGACCCCGAAGACUUCCUUAUGGGAGCCAGCGGCGGUCCGGUACCUACCGCGACUAUCCAAAAUGGAAGAGUGUGCUUCACCCUGAACUUGAGGCCGGAAAAUCGAGGAGAAGGCGUGAUCUCUCUUCGGACAGCCGGCGAUAUCAGCCUGCCACGCGAUCGUUCGAGAAAAGGCGCGACGUCGACGAUGCGAGGUCUCAUCGUUCCUCAGGGUCACAAUAAUCCGCCGACGAUUAUACCCUUAACACAUUCGAGGGCUUCGCGUGAGAGCGGAGAUUACGCGAGUAGCGACGUGCAGAGUGUGAGCUCGAGACUGUCGACUGUGUCGGUGGACACGAGUAGGAGCGACCAGCCUCCGGUGGGCGGUCGCCAUCCCGAUCGGCCGGAGCAUCACCACGAGCACCAUCACAACCAUCGUCAUCAUCACGAACAUCACCACUCGGUCUCACCCCGAUCCAAUCAGCGUCACCCCGCCGCUACUAGCACGACCAUAACCAACACCGCCGACGCAACGUCACCGCAAAGCAACGCGCAACGUCGCCCGAUUCCCAGAUAUAGCCGGAGUAGCGGCGAGGAGGGACUGUCACCCAGUCAGAGCAGCGACUAUGAAGAUCAAGAGGAACUCGAGAGUCAACACUCGGCUGCUGUACACACAUCGGAGGCGAGCGCGCUGCUGGAGGGCGACGCCAGGACGGGAAUCGCGGGCCGGGCGAGAAAUUUGAGGCACGACGUGCAGCGAAAGAUCUCGAGGCUGCGCCAGGAUCGCGCGUCCUCGGAGGCUUUUCCGUGCAGCGCGAGCAGCGUCGAGAGUCUGCCGAGCGGAAGUGGCUCGAGCACCCAGGCGCUGGUGCGAGCUGGAAGCAAUCACAGCUCGAUAUCCUGCGAGGACAGGGACGCGAUCAGCCCGACGUCCAUCGGGCCUGUCCUCUGUAGAGCGAGGGCGCUCGUGGAUUACACCCCCAGUCCGUACGACAAGGACGCGCUCAAGUUCAAGAAGGGAGACGUAAUCGAUGUGGUACAAAUGAAUAAGAGCGGACUGUGGAAAGGCGUCGUACACAACAGGAUAGGCCACUUCAAGUUCAUAAACGUCGAGAUACUGAACGACAGGGUGCCUAGACGAGGAGAGCCAGAGCGGGGCAAGUGGGGUCAGAGAUAUAGGCAAAAGCCGGGUUCCGUUCAAGAGCUCUUGCAGAGAAUGAAUCUUCAGGAACAUAUUCCAGUUUUUAUAUUGAACGGAUACGAGGAUCUGGAGCUCUUCAGGGAGUUGGAGGCGGCGGAUCUGGACUAUUUGCGUAUACAUCAACCCGAGGAUCGUGCCAAGAUACUCACCGCCGUGCAGCUUCUACACGAUCUUCAGUCGGGCAGCGAAGGUGACCUGGCUUCGAGUUCGGAGGGCGACGAGGUCAGCCGUCUGGUCUUAACCUCCGGCCAGACGUCCGGCCACUGUUCUCCCUUCAACCGACGGCAGUUCCCGCGGGACUCCGGCUGCUACGACGCGCAUAAGAAUACGACCAGUCGGCGGACCAUCAGCCCGGAAUCAACCACGACGUCAACGAAGCUGUCGAGGGAGAACAAUUUGGACAGCGCGUCAACGGCGGCCGCGAAGAGCGCCGGUGGUGCGACCGCUACGGAGGGCGGUCUGGCCGAUUCGAAGGACGACUUUCAUCCCAACAUACCGAUCUCCGGCCCGGUGGAAAGGAAGGAGAACCAAUUCGAGAAGUCGCCGUUAUUACGGGGCGGCAACGUGCGAUACAUCGCGAAAAGAGGUAACUUCGGCGAGACGGUGGUCAUCGAGGACGCCUGCGAGGGUGGCCCGAAACUGGGCGGCAUGGUCAAGUACAUGGUCGGCGGUACCGGUGACCUUGGCCUCGAGAGCACCAGCAAUGUCACCGGUCUCGGUCAACGCGGUUGUCUCAGCGAGAAAUCCAGCGACUCCGGCGUCAGCUCGUCCAGCAUCAGCUCGGCACCUCCGCCUAGGGACAAGGUUCUCGCAUCUGCCAGCGCCCUUUCGGAUUCGCCGACCAAGAGCUUCGGUAGCUUCACCAGGGCGUCGCCGACUUCUCAGGGUAGCAGCAAAACUCAGAACAACGACGGAAGCUAUCAAUGAGAGCAGCAGCAACGAAUCGUUAGGUCGACGAGUCGCGGCGCGAUCUUGAACUCGAAGGUAAGGAAUAUGAAAGUGAGAGAGUUGCUGGAUGACCUUAAUGGAGAACCGACGGAGCAUCUUUAAUUCAGAAUCGCGAUCGUCUCCGAGGCUACGAUUCGUUCGCGAGAAAGUUGAGCAAUGUCGGGAUCAACGAAUAUUUCGGACAUGUAUUUUGUAUUCGAUAAAAGAGGUACAACUUCCGAAUCCGAUCCUAAUGAACGUACGUCACAAUAACAAGAGGUUUCUUCCAUUCUGUAUAACUAGUAGAAUUAAAGCAAUUCUAACGAGAUUGAUAAUGACAGUUAUGUUCGCUCAUUGUAAAUUAUGUGCGUACAAAUGCACCUCGAUUUGAAUACGCAAAGCAAUAUCUUAUUUUCUGUUAUUCUUAUUGAGAAAAAAAAUAAUAUAUAUAAAAAAAAGGAUCUCACUUUGUUUGAUUUAAUUGAAUUUUUAUCACGAAUACGCGCGAACAGAAAUUCUAAUAUCUCUUGACACGUGCCGAUAUUAAUGUCGGGAGAAUAUUUUGUGAUUAUCUUGAAUAUAUUUGGGGCGAGAAAAGGGAAAAGAGUAAUAAAGAGACAGGAAAAAUUGCGCAAAACGAGAGUGAAAAAUUCUGAAGGCCAGAACCUUUUAAAUUUAUCAUAAGUGUUGCUCGCGAAAAAAAAAAACAACAAAGCGACCACUGCCGGUCAUCAUUCCGAUCACAACAUCUAGCCGAUCCGCUCUUGGUUUAUUGAAAUCAAGUCAAGCCACACAUCGCGCCUAAUUGUGUAAUUAAUAAUAGUAAUAAUUAAUAAGCGAAUACUAUGUGAUACGGUAGCAAUAUACGAUCGAAUAGGUAAAGAAUAAAGGAACGACGUGAAUCGCCGUCGCGAUCCAAUGCGUACAAUAAAAUAAAUAAAUAAAUGAUGACGAGAAGAAGAAAAAAAGAACGAA